AUGCAACGAUCUUGCACACCACCUCUACAUAUCCAUCUCGAACAAAGAGAAUUCUUCACUCUUAUACAAGGUUACCUAGCCUAUCAAAUAGGUGAUCAAGUAUAUUCAUGUGAUACUCACACAUGUCCACGACCUCUUAUUGUACCACCUCUUAUACCACACACAUUUUGGAUGAAUGACAAUAAAGAAGAUCUCAUUGUACGUGUUCGUGUCGAACCAGCGAACAAAUGCAACGGCCUUCGACAAGGAUUUUUUGAAAAUUUCGCUGGCAUUACUCGCGAUCAACAUAUAUCUAUAUGGCAAAUAUUUGUACUUUUCGAAAAUGCACAAACCUAUCCAGCAUCGUUAUCAUUACCUUUCAUGAAAAUAAUAGUAAAAAUAGGUGCUCUCAUUGGUCGAUUGCUUGGCUAUAAAAUAGAAUAUGAAGAGUAUACAACAAUGGAAGAUGAUUUUAAUUAA